CUUAAAAAAAGAAAAGAAAAUGUCAGUCUUUCCUUCCUUAACGAUAAGCCCAAUGUGUGUGGCUGUUGACAGUUUGUCCUCGAGCUCUCCCUGGUCGGCUCGCCGGCGCAGGGCGCCGGUUACCGAGCUAAGCUACCUCCAGGGGCAGCAGAGCGAGCGGAGAGCCCUCGGCUUUCUCGCGGCGCCGCCCGGCGCUUCCCUCUGCGGGUGCGCACCUGCCGCGCUCAGCCGUCCUGCGCGAGCUGCGCCUCCACCUUCCCGAACGCUUCAACUGCUGUUACAACGCCAGCCCGGCUCCAAAAGAGCGGAGCCAUGUUCCUUCUUCUGGUCCUUCUCACCCGGCUUGGAGAGCUGCACGCAGGCUCGGGUUCUCAUAAAACAUUUCUGCAGACCACAGUUCCUGAGAAGAUUUCAUCGUCUGAUGCAAAAGGAAAUCCAGAAAAUAAUAUUGCUUAUAUCAUUACAAUAAAAGGGAAGCCAUAUUUUGUCCAUCUCACGAAACAAACAUUUUUAUCUUCAGUUUCUGUUGUUUACUCUUAUGACAAAGAUGACACCCAACACUCUCAGCCUUUGUUAGCGCAGAUGGAUUGCAGUUAUCAUGGAUAUGUUGCAGGUUUUCCAAAUUCUCUUGUGUCGCUGCACACUUGUUCGGGACUCAGGGGAACAUUACAGCUUAAAAACAUCUCAUAUGGAAUUGAACCAAUGGAGGCCGUAUCAGGAUUUGUGCACAUGAUUUAUGAAGAAAAAUAUGAUAACACUAGUGUACCUCUCUUAGGAGAAACUAAGACUUACAGCUAUAAUAAUACAUAUUAUCAUAUCAGAAAAAGUUCAGAAAGAACUGAAUUUUUCAAGUUACGCCCUCAGUAUGUUGAAAUAUAUAUUGUUGUGGAUAAAAAUCUGAAUUGUACACAUAAAGACUGCUGUGAUCCUAGGAUAUGUGUAAAGAAAAAGGGUAAACAAUGUGGUUCUGGGGAAUGCUGCACACUAGAUUGCAAGUAUUGCCUCAGAUUUGUGUGUGUAGAGGUUCAAUACCAGAUACGAAACGAAGAGUGCAAUUCUACUUAUUGCAAUAGCCAUGGAGUUUGCAACAAUUUAAAUCACUGCCAUUGUGAAAAGGGGUUUGCCCCUCCUACAUGCAUGAAGAAGAAGGGAGAAUUUGGAAGUAUAGAUGAUGGGCACAAGGCUCCAUCUGGUAAAAGCUACUUGAGGGAACAAAAUACCACUCCUUCAAAACACCGGUUUCUACUCAUUUUCUACAUUUCUCUACCUGUGCUCAUCAUCACUGCCAUUGUUUUAAUAAAGCAGAAUAAAAUAAGAGAGCUGUGCUACAGAGAUGAAACUGAAAGUGAGAGAUCUGUGUCAGAAGAAAGCAGCAGUAACAGCAAGUUAUCCCCCAGUGUAAGCAACAGUCUCUAACAACCUUGGCCUGGAAGAAGGACAUUACCAAAUAAGUCAUCAGAAACUGACCUAAACCAAGAAGGGAAAAAUAAUUUCACCCUCAUCUCUGUUGUCACUGCUGAGGGUUUAAAAUAUGAAAUAAUAAAUAAUCUGCCCUUGAAUCACCUAAAUUAUGUCUGAUGUUUUCUCUGUAUUUUCAGUAUCAACUUCUACC